GCUGCGAGGAAGAGGAAGAUGCCUUGGGCCCCCCAGGCAGGCCCCAAGCUGAGGAUGGAGAGCCCGGAGGACAAAUCCCCCCGUGAGACCCUGGUGGGAGAGGCCAUUUUGAAGGGCUCCCCGGCGCAGGAAGGCAGCGGGGAGGAAAAGGGCCGGAGAUCCCCCCACAGGAGGGGCUUCAAAGCCAUCCCAGGGUGCUCUGAGGAGGAAAGAGCCAGCCUGUGCCCAGAAGGCAGCCGGAGCUUGAGGGGGAGCUCUGAGCUGGUGGUCCCUGAUCAGCCUCCCAGCAGGGAGAAGCCCUUCAGGUGCUUGGAAUGUGGGAAGAGCUUCAGGACGAGCACCACCCUCCUCACCCACCAGCACAUCCACACUGGGGAUUGGCCCUACACAUGUAGAGAAUGUGGGAAGACCUUCAGGUACAACUCCAGCCUCCUCACUCACCAGCGCAUCCACACUGGGGAAUGGCCCUACUCAUGUGGGGAAUGUGGGAAAAGCUUUAGGCAGAGCUCCCAUGUCCGCACCCACCAGCGCAUCCACACUGGGGAACGGCCCUACUCAUGUGGGGAAUGUGGGAAGAGCUUCAGGGAGAACUCCAAACUCCUCACCCACCAGCGCAUCCACACUGGGGAACGGCCCUACACGUGUGGGGAAUGUGGAAAGAGUUUCAGCCGGAGCUCCAAGCUCCGCACCCGCCAGCGCAUCCACACCAGGGAGAUGUCCUACAAGUGUGGAGAAUGCGGGAAGAGCUUCAAUGACAGCUCCAACCUCCUCAGUCACCAACGCAUCCACACUGGGGAACGGCCCUACAAGUGUGGGGAAUGUGGGAAGAGGUUUAGGACCACCUCACAUCUCCUCACGCAUGAGCGGACGCACACGGAUGAGAGGCCCUUCCGCUGCACCGACUGCCGGAAGGGCUUCAACCUGAACUCCACCCUCAUCACCCACCGGCGAAUCCACACUGGGGAGAGGCCCUACAAGUGUGGGGAGUGUGGGAAGACUUUCCCCUACAGCUCUACCUUGACCAAACACCAAGGGACUCACCAGUAAGGGCAGCCCCACCAGUGCCCAGACUGCGGGAAGAGCUUCAGCCACUGCUUCCACCCCAAAUGAACCCCCUGAUGCUGAGGCAACCCCUGGAGUCCAGUGACUGUCAGUCCAUCCCUUUCGACCACAAAGGGCCAAUCCCCUUUCCCAGGGGCAGCUUCUUCCAACAGAACCCUUCUUGGGGGGUGUGUGGAGAUUCCUGCCUUGGCUGGGGACCCCCCCAAGGUCAGUCCUGGAGGUUGAGAGCAGAGAUCUCCCCCUGAGCGUUGGUCUGGGGGAGUUCCAUCCAUCUCUAAUUAAGAAUUCUUGCUUUUGUGCCAACUUGAGUAGAAUUGCUUCAACAAUUGCUUUAGUGUAGAGCACUGUCCUAUCUUAUCCUGUACUCCUGGUAGUUUUAGUGUUUCUAUUGUGCAGUAAAUCAUUCUGAUGAA